UACGGCCGGGCAGCCGGGGCGAUUGGAGAGGUGGGCACGGUGCUCGGUGGGCGUCGGAGCCAGCGGGAAGCGGAGUGGGGCCGCCAGGGCCGCAGCGGCAGCUGUUGGGCCCCCCGCCCCGGCCGGCGGCCCGAGGAGCGCAGGAAGGGGGUCGGGGGGACCCGCCCCCGGCCAGCCGCAAUCAUGAACUCCAACGUGGAGAACCUGCCCCCCCACAUAAUCCGCCUGGUGUACAAGGAGGUGACUAUGCUGACCGCCGACCCACCAGAUGGCAUUAAGGUCUUUCCCAAUGAGGAGGAUCUCACCGACCUGCAGGUCACCAUUGAGGGCCCUGAGGGGACCCCAUAUGCUGGAGGCCUGUUCCGCAUGAAGCUCCUGCUGGGAAAGGACUUCCCCGCCUCUCCACCCAAGGGCUACUUCCUGACCAAGAUCUUCCACCCCAAUGUGGGUGCCAAUGGUGAGAUAUGCGUCAACGUGCUCAAGAGGGACUGGACGGCGGAGCUGGGCAUCCGUCAUGUGCUGCUGACCAUCAAGUGCCUGCUGAUCCACCCCAACCCUGAGUCCGCACUCAACGAGGAGGCUGGCCGCCUGCUCCUAGAGAACUAUGAGGAGUAUGCGGCACGUGCCCGCCUGCUUACGGAGAUCCAUGGUGGUGCUGGCGGGCCCAGCGGUGGAAGGGCCGAGGCUGGCCGGGCCUUGCCUGGCGCCUCUUCGGCCUCCUCCACCGACCCCUUGGCCCCUGGGGGCCCGGGUGGGGCAGAGGGUCCCAUGGCCAAGAAGCAUGCGGGUGAGCGCGAUAAAAAGCUGGCAGCCAAGAAGAAGACGGACAAGAAGCGGGCACUGCGGCGGCUGUAAUGGGUCCUCCCUGCCUCCCCCCUACUCACCUGCAUCCCCAACCCUCCUGUCCCUCUGCUCUGUCUCUAAGUUAUUUAAAUUAUGGCUGGGUGGGGGAGGGCGUGGGGGGGAGCACUGGGCCUGGACUUGUUUUUCUAAAUAAAGUUGGAAAAGCAGCUGUUUUGAGGAUUUGAGGCCACGUGUAUCCCAGCUGCUCUCUGGAGUCACAUUUCCUGUGAAGGAAAGCCCUUACCUGUGUGCCCCAGCCUGCUUUUGGUGGCCUCAGGGUCCUCCCCUCACUCUCCUCUGAGAUGGGCAUGUGGGUGGGGCUGAGUCCCUCCCUGCCCAUGGUGGCACGUGAGAGGUGCAAAAUCUUGCUUUUCUCUAGUCCUGUACUAAGCAAGGGUAUGUCACCUCCCUUGAGGCCCCUGUUGGAUUUUCCCUUGUAGCAUCAAAGCCUGUUCUUGUAUUUCUGUAAAACACAUCACAGAAACAACACCUAGCCUAGCUCACAGUUUCUGUUCACGCUGGGCCAGGAUGAGCUUCCUCCACUUAAGGUUUCACAUGCUGAAAUCAAGGUGUCCAUUGGGCAGCGAUUCCUUCAAAGUCUUUGAUGCUCAUGGGGUUGCUGGUAGAUUAUGGUUCCUUGUGGUUGUAGGACAUGCAGGCCAGGGACUGUUCCGUACCCAAAAGGUGCCUGGAGUUCUUGCCAUAUGGUCACCCCCCCCCGACCCCCACGUUCCCUCUCAAGCUUGAGUCUGACUUACAAAGGGCUCUGUCCCUUUUAAAGGGUCCCCUGAUAAGGUCAGGCCUGCCCAAUCUCCCAAAAGGUUAACUCAACUUCCACUGAGAAUGGCUUAAACACAGGAGUAAUAUCCCACGAUGCAAGUAGUCCCCAGCUUACAAUGGGGUUCCAUUCUGAUGGAACAAUCGUAAGUUGGUUCUGACGUCACUUUUUUUUAGGUUUAUUACCUGGUAACGUGGCAGUGUUUUAAACAGUAAGUAAAUCAUAAUAUUGAACAUCCACAAGUGAACAUCUGCGAACGAUAACAUGCACUGCAACAUCAUAUGUACUACAUACCGCUAAUGGUAAGUGGGAAAAAAGUCCUGAGUGCGAUUCAUCGUAACUCAAAUACAUGAUAAAUCAAGAGACUGUAUUUACAAACUCUCAAGGGGAAGGGAUUGCACAGGGUAUGCACCCAGGGGACAAGGGGGGCUUGGACCCCAGUUGAGCAACAUGCCACAAGGUUAACCUUGGACCAGUAGCAUCCCUUCAUCCUCAUCUGCAGGAUCAGAGAUGAGUCACUGUGUGGGGUCACUGUAAGUGGGAAUCGACUCGACAGCAAUGGAUUUUUUUGUUCGGUACCUCUUAGAAGCCAUGGAGGUGCAGUGGUUAAUUACAGCACUUGGCUGCUAACUGAAAGGUCAGCAGUAAGAACUCACUAGUCACUCCGUGGGAGAAAGAUGAGGCAAUCUGCUUCUGUUAAAAUUACAGCCUUGGAAACACUGGGACAGUUCUCUACUUGAGGGUCACUGUGAGUCGGAAUCUGACUCAACAGCAGUGGGCUUGGGCACCUCCCGGACUGCUGAAAGGUCAAGGGAGGGCCACCUAGUGAGUCUGGUGUUAGGGAGUCCGCAGGGGUGGGAGGGAGAACAGGUGGGUCUUGGGAGAAUAGAGGGAAGAGGCCAGAGAAGGCUGCUGGAGGGUUUUGAGAUAAGGGACACAUCACAGGCUGCUGCUGGAGAAUGACCUGUAGGGGCAGAGGUAGGGACCAGCCAGGGGGCAGGUGAGGGCCAGGGGCUUGUAGGGCAGUAGCAUUAUCAUACUCCUGGUCCAGCAGGAGGUAGAACACACUCCGGGAGCCCUUCUGAGCCAGGCCCAGGUUCCUCAAAACAUGCUGCUGGCUAGAGACUGGGGCUUCCCUACCCUCUGGGCAGCUUUCCCCUAGGGACCUUAACUCCCCUCCUACCAGGGAACAGCUCAGGUACCCCACUGCCUGUGGGAUCCCUUUGCAGAUGCACAAGAGUCCAGGGACAGCUGCAGCCCAAGUGCUCUGCCCACCUCUUUUCCACACCCCAGGAUACUUAAUACCUCACCAGGGUGGGCAGGGAGGGAAGAGUUCUGCAAGUCCUGGGAA